AUUGUGUUCAUCUUUAACCUGCCGUCGCUGUAGCCCCCCGCGUUGCGUUGGCGCUGCAGAUCCAGCCUAGAAGAGCGAGAGGCGGCGCGGAGCCGCGGAAACGGGCGAAUCGAUCUAGGGGCAAAGGGAACGGAGCGGACGGAGAGCGAGGCUGGAAAACGGACGACCGGGAGAAGGGGACGAGGAGGAGCGAGAAAGCGUCGACCUCGCGCCGCAGCCGGCCGAAUAUUGAGCGAGCGGCACCGUCCUCCGCAGAGACGCCACUUUGAGGAGCAAAUCUCCCCCUAAGUUAGCUUUCGACUCUAAUGAUUGUCAUGGGAGCAAAGAAAAUGUAGGUUCCCCUGAAAUGACAUGCCAGAAAUAACAAAAUGGUUGACAGGCCAAAAAUCAUGAGCAAAGUAAAAUAAGAAUCCAUUAAUGAUAAAUACAAUCUUUAAUUUAACAUUGGACUUUUUCUUCUUAAUUUUUAAAGAUCAUCUAGAAGGAGAAAUAGAAUCCAAGCAUUAAAAUAUGAACCUCAAGACAAGCACCUAAAUUCACUUGUUUAGAGGUGAUUUAUUAACAUCAAAGCAAUAGGGGUGGGUCAUGACUCAGUUGCCAUGCGUGUUGUCAUGGUGACCAGCCCCUGUGCCCCUUCCCCCCUCCUCUGGUUGGUCCAGCUUUUGUUGUGGCUUCACAACCAUGGACCUCAGCUGACCGAGGCAGCGUCCCCCUGUCCCUCGCCCUGUACCUGCUCCAAUCAGGCGAGUCGCGUCAUUUGUACAAGGAAGAGCUUAGAUCAAAUCCCAGACAGUAUUUCAGAGAACACAAGAUACCUCAAUCUACAGGAGAACUCAAUUCAGGUGAUUAAGUCCGACACAUUUAAGCACCUGAGGCAUUUGGAAAUCCUCCAGCUCUCCAAGAACCACAUUCGGCAGAUUGAGGUGGGAGCUUUCAAUGGCCUUCCCAACCUCAACACGCUGGAGCUUUUUGACAACCGACUCACAGUGGUACCAUCACAGGCCUUCGAGUACCUCAGCAAGCUAAGGGAACUAUGGCUACGAAACAACCCCAUCGAGACACUGCCAGCGUUUGCUUUUCACCGUGUUCCCUCCUUACGUCGUCUCGAUCUAGGGGAACUCAGGAAGCUGGAUUUCAUCUCAGAAGCUGCCUUUGAAGGUCUGGUAAACUUACGCUUCUUGAAUCUCGGCAUGUGUGGUUUGAAGGACAUCCCUAACCUCACCCCGCUGGUACGAUUAGAGGAGCUGGAGUUAUCGGGGAACCAGCUGGGGAUAGUUCGUCCCGGAUCCUUCCAGGGUCUAGUGUCACUUCGCAAGUUGUGGCUAAUGCACUCCAGAGUGUCGGUCAUUGAACGCAAUGCUUUUGAUGACCUCAAAAACUUAGAGGAGCUCAACCUCUCCCACAACUCCCUGCACUCCCUGCCCCACGACCUCUUCACCCCUUUGCACCAGUUGGAAAGGGUUCACCUCAACCACAAUCCUUGGGUGUGCAACUGUGAUGUUCUGUGGCUUAGCUGGUGGCUGAAAGAAACAGUUCCCAGCAACACCACAUGUUGCGCUCGCUGCCACGCGCCCCCGGGUCUAAAGGGCAAAUACAUUGGGGAACUGGACCAGAGCCACUUUACCUGCUAUGCCCCAGUGAUUGUUGAGCCCCCCACCGACCUCAAUGUCACCGAGGGCAUGGCUGCUGAGCUGAAAUGUCGCACUGGAACCUCCAUGACCUCUGUGAAUUGGUUCACUCCGAACGGCACAAUGAUGACCCACGGAUCGUACCGCGUUAGGAUCUCAGUGCUUCACGAUGGAACGCUGAACUUCACAAAUGUGACUGUGCAAGACACGGGGCAGUAUACUUGCAUGGUAACCAACUCCGCUGGGAACACCACCGCAUCGGCUGUGCUCAACGUCACCGCUCCUGACCCCAGCAACAGCUACAGCUAUUUCACCACUGUCACUGUGGAAACAGUUGAGACAGUGAGAGGAGAUGAUGAAAGGCAAGCAAGCAAACAAUAUAUUAAUGAAACCUUCAUAAAUUUCUCUGAUCCUACUGUGAUAGAGGGACAACCUGCUACCACUAUAUCACCUUCUCUCUCUUCUCUUUCCUCACUGUCACCACAAACCAACAGAGUAACUGAAAAUGCAGUGACUGUGUCCAUAAUGGAUGUUACCAACAUUCCCGGCCUGGACGAUGUGAUGAAAACGACUAAGAUCAUCAUCGGUUGCUUCGUGGCCAUUACGUUCAUGGCAGCCGUGAUGUUGGUGGUCUUCUACAAACUCCGAAAGCAGCACCAGUUACACAAGCACCACGGCCCGGCCAGAGCCAUUGAAAUAGUCAAUGUAGAAGACGAGAUUGGAGCCGGGGCUGGAAGCGGGAUCUCGGGCGGAUCCACAAUGAAUUCAGGAACCGGAGGAGAAGGAACGCUAAGGAUACAUCACCCAGAAAUAGUCAACCUUCCCAACAUUGGCCGUACGGACACGCUCAACCAUUACUACAAGACACAUCAUUUCAACAACAAUGUGAUGGGUCUUAGCAUUGGAAACGAUGGCAUGGGACCAGGAGGGAUCCUCAGUAACAAGAAUCCACAAGGCCAGGAUAUUCCUAUUUCCUGUACCCCAAUCCCAAUCUCCACCUCUAAUUUGCUCACCACGUCAGGAAACGGCACCAACCCCAAUUCUAUGUCCCCACCGCUGCAGAUGUCUCUCCCCAUGCCUACAAUGGGCUUACAUGGAUCGAUCAAGGGAUUCAUGGGGCAAAACCAGAAUCCCCAAAUGGAGCCUCUUCUCUUCAAGGGGAACUCAAAAGAAAAUGUCCAGGAGACUCAGAUCUAAAAAAAGUAGGAAUAUACGGAGCGAGAGAGCGAGCAAGUGUUGGAGACAGAGAGGGGAUUGAUGUUGGGUUUAUGCACAGAAUGAUUAGACACUAGAGUGCAUUGACAUUACACCAGGAGAGAGGAUGGACUGACACGGCUAUACACAAACACAUAGACAUGUCCGUGACAGUGUAAUGAGCCAAGGAUUACCACAAUGGGCCACUUGUGCUUGUAGUAACUAUCAUGGCCAUGGAAAUCAAGGAAUGGACAUUGCUACAAUGUAAAUCUGUGCCAAAGCAAAUGUUUUUUGCAGUUUCUACAAGCUGUGUUCUCGUAGGGAAAAAAAACUAGCCUUUCAGAGUAAUCGGUCCCCAAAUUGUUUUUUGGCCAGCGAAGUUGAAAAGACACGCGCAGCACUCACCCCACUGAAGAUCGGAGACUAAAAAACCAAGAGACGUUUUUCUUCCACGCGACACACAAACCACACCCUCUCUCUCGAGUGACUCAAUAGACUCCCUCAAGGUGAAAAUUAUGUAGGCAUAACUAGAUGGACAUAAAGGUACAGUGCAGUACAAACUACUGUGAAAAAAUCCACAAAUUAUAUAAAUAUAUUUUCAUUUAAAUAUGUAUCAUUGCAGACUCUGAUGCAGAGAUAUUUUGGGUGGAUGUAUAAGCUGGUAUAGUUUGUUUCUUUGUGAUGAAUAAUCAGCAGCGGGUAUAGUGGAGGUUGGUUAUGAUACAUGUUUUACGUUUGGCUACUUCUCAGAAACAUAAGGGCUCAAUUGCAACACUCAUUGUGAAUCUUUGAAUUGGCUUUGUGACAUGAAGACCAUUUAGGUUGUAGAAGAGUAAAACGCAGAUCUCUGUUUGACAAACCUUCGUCUGUUGCUUCAGUAAUAAUCAUUACGAUCUUUUGUGUUCUGAAAGUGUAUUACAGUAUGUAUUUUGUGAAAGCCAGCUACUUGGUAUUUCAAUUGACAGUUCUGAUACUUCAAUGCCAGCAUCGCAUAACGGUAAAACUAUGUCCCACAAACACACAAAGGUGAUCCACUGCAAAGGCCUGUAUGGGUAAAACAAAGUGUUGACAAUGUGUUAUUCGAAUCGGAUCAGUAGCCAGAUAUUUGCUUUUAGACAGGAAUUUGAUAUGACCUCCUUGCUCAUGGGCACCAUAAUCACGCCAUAAAAUGCUGUGAUAAGGAUGAACAGACAUCCAUUCGCAACAGCAUUUAAGAAGGGAUUUAACAUCCAUCUUUGGAUGAUUGGAAUGAAUGGAAAUGUACAGUAUAUUAAUAAUAAUAAUGUCUGGUUGUAUGACAAUUGUAAGAUCCACAUUUUUACAGUGUAACUUUCAUAUGUUAAAUGCCAUUUACGCUUCUUGCGUUUCAACUAUGUAUUUCUUUAUUUUUGUUAGUUUGAUAUAAUGUGUACAGUUGUCUAGCCAUGUAUCAUUACGUGUGAAAUAAAUCAAUCAUAUAUUG